GCGAAAGGGGAGGAGUGAAGGCCGCCAGGGAGGCGGGAAGGAGGGGACUCGGAGAGCCUGAAAAGCUGCUCCGGCGCUGGGAAAGCCAUCGCUUGGCUGCUGCAGGAGGAGAGCAGCGGGAGGAGAAGGAGAAGGAGAAGAAGGCGAGCGCCGCUCCGCUCCGCCAGGGCUCCGGGAGGGCAGUGCUGGGCGCCUGCUGCUUCUUGACAUUCAAGGGCCAGAGAGCGAGAGAGAGGACUCGCAAAGUGCCCCUUCCCUCUUUCUCUCUGGGAAGGAGACAAGGAAGCCAAGGGCGGCCGAGAGAGAGACACACAGAGAGAGGAGCCGACCGGGAGGAGAAGCCUGGCUGGGAAGAGCUGCCCGAGUCCUCCUCCUCCUGGCCUGGGAUCGAUGGCCCCAGGGAGCCUCUGCUGAGAGAGAGAGCGAGAGAGCGAGGGCUGCUUCCCUCAAGGAACCAUUGGGAGAUUGUCUUUUUAAUAUUUUAAACGCCAAAACAGAACGAGAGACCCGAGAGCGAGAGCGAGUCCUUUCCUUUCCCCCUUUUCUCAGGGAGGGGGAUUUGUGUCCCCUUUCUUCCCCUUCCCAGGCUGAGGGAAUCCUCUCUGGAAGAAACGGAGCAGACUUUCUCCAGCUGGACAAACACAAAAGAGGCGGCGGCGGAGGGACUUGGGGGGAAAUGCACUGAAACUUCUCUGCGGAGCUCGAACUUCUUUUUAAUUUUCCAUUUUUUAAAAAAUAAAUAUUAUUUUAAGGCAUCCCCCCAUUAAAAGACCCGCUCCCCCCCCCCAGGCUCCGCUUGUCCUUCGUCGCCCGCCGCAGGGCGCUGGAGCGAGGGAAGAGCAGUCGGCUCCACAUCGGGGUCGUCGUCGUCGUCGUCGGCUGGGGAUUUGCCUCGGAAAGGUCCGGCCCCGAACUUGAACCCAGGACCCUGAGCGAGUGGGGCGAAGAGGAGCAGGAAGGGAGAAAGGCAAGGGUUGCUCUGGAAGGGCCGCCUCGGGAGCCGGGCUUAUGGACGGCUGAACCCGGAGCCCUCCGUCCCUGCCUUUCCCCUCCCAGGAGCUUGCCUGGAGCCCAGAGGCCCAAAGGAGCAGAAGAGUGCCGACUCUCAGGAGAGGAGGAGGAGGCGGAGUCCCCAGCGAGUGCCAGAACUUGAACCCGGCUCCCUUUCAGGAACCAUGAACUUUCUGCUCACUUGGAUCCACUGGGGCUUGGCGGCGCUGCUCUAUUGCCACAACGCCAAGUUAUCGCAGGCUGCUCCUGCCCAGGGGAAUGGGGAGAAGCAACACAGUGAAGUUAUCUCAUUUUUCGUGGUCUACAAUCUCAGUGCCUGCAGGCCACUUGAGACGAUGGUGGACAUAUUCCAAGAAUACCCUGAUGAAGUGGAAUUCAUCUUCAAGCCAUCCUGUGUACCCCUGAAGAGAUGUGCGGGAUGCUGUAAUGAUGAAGCACUGGAGUGUGUACCCACAGCAGUGCACAAUGUCACUAUGGAGAUUAUGAGAAUUAAACAAAAUCGGAGCCAGCACAUAAACCUGAUGAGCUUCCAAGAGCACAGUAGCUGUGAAUGCAGACCAAAGAAAGAAGUCAGAAUUAGACAAGAAAAAAAAUCAAAGCGAGGAAAGGGGAAGGGUCAAAAGAGAAAGCGCAAGAGAGGCCGGUAUAAACCACAAAACUUUCACUGUGAACCUUGCUCAGAAAGGAGAAAGCACUUGUACAAACAAGAUCCCCAGACCUGUAAAUGUUCCUGCAAAUUCACAGACUCACGUUGCAAGUCGAGGCAGCUUGAGUUAAACGAGCGCACUUGCAGAUGUGAAAAACCAAGGCGGUGAGCAGCAGAGAAGAAAGGGGAUGGGGUGGGGUGGGGGAACAGCCUUGGAUCUGGAGCCUGAUUAUCGCCUGGUCAAAAAACACUAAUCCAAAUGAACACUAAAAUGAAGGAUCAGUAGAGCACAGCACUUUUUGAGUACGGACGAUGGACUCCGGAAGGAACAUUCCCCGAGGACCCGCACAGGAUUCACCUUUUGAAUUUGGACUAUUUUAUUGAGAGACUUUCCUUCUCAUGCUGCUAAAUAGUGGAGCCAGGGAGAAUGGAGUGGUGUAUAUUUUGGGGACUCGUAUUUCACAUGAAUAAUAUAUAAACUGUAUAUGUAUAUAUAUAUGUAUGUGUAAAUAUACAUAUACAUAUACAUGUAUCUUCGGAUUUUAGAAACAUUGCUAACAUUAUUGGUAUCUUCACUGGAUAUAUUCAACUGCUGUGGACACAAGUGGGCUAUUUGGGACGUGAGAAACUCUGACUGGGCUCUAGUCAGAAGUGUGCUCAGUUUUAACCUUCAUACUCUUGCUGACUGUGUAAAGCAAACUAGUCUGCUGGCCUCAGUUCCAGUUCCCCAGUGUGCAAAGAGACCUUUGUUCAAGAGAGGAAGAGACAGGGGACUCCAAAGAUGACACAGUGAACUACUAUGGGUCAAAAGGUCAAGGAAAAGACUGUGUAGCUUUGGGAAUGAGGAUUCUGUCAACUUCCUCCCUCCCUCUCUUCCUCUGGUUCAGAACCUGCUUGCUUUGCUGGGACGUUGGUAUGCAUUUUUAUAUUUGUUCGCAACAGGAACUUUGCCAUGGAUCUACAUUCUGGCCUUAAUGAUGGUGAACCUGCUGAUGCAAGGACUCAUCAGCUUGAGAAGGUAUCACUGGAAUCUACAAUCUUCCACCCCUGUUGGCUACUUAAAUAAUAAAGGAGAUAACUACAUAUAGCUAGCAGAACAUGGAAGCAAGAAUGGGGACCGGUGUAUUGCCAGGCAGUUAAACAGCAUUGUCUGCCAUGAUUAUGCACAGAACUGCCACUGAAGAUGCUUAUGGAACAUCUCCGGAAAGGGAUAUUAAUCUAAAGUAUAUAUGUACAAUAGGCAAGGGUGUGUGAGUGAGUGUAUGUGGGGUGGUAUAUACAUGCAACCGUACAGGCAUUUGUGGUCUUAAAGCAUUCAAAAUUGAGUAGGAAAAUUUGGAGGCUGUGAUCAAUGAGAGGCUAAUUUUAGUGCUGUGAAUUUAUGAAGAUUCCAAAUCUGUUGUGACAUGAAUGUGUCAAGGCAUUUAUGUUAUGCUGCAAUUAUUUUUUAAAGUCUGCACACUCUUCCACUAUUAUGUUGGCAUGAGUGAGACAUGAACACCACCUUUUUUUCGUGAAUGUCAUCUAGCCUACUGAUAUGUAGCCUGCUUUAUCUGAAGAUGUGUUCAGUUGCAACCGAAGCCUAACAAGACACUAGUCAAUCCAAGUGUUGCUCAUGUGAAAAGAAGAAAUUUGGAGCCAUGUUCUUUGCCCCACCUCUCAAAGGUGUGCUGUUGUUUCCAGCUUCAGCAUAACUAUCUGAAGUGUGAAGACCUUCCUUCCCCUUGUUUAAAACCCUCAGAGCUCACAAUUGCACAAAGAGCCUUCAGGAAUACUGGUGGAAGCUCUAUACUUCAGAAGUGAUGACUGAAUCCCAUGACAAUUGGAAUGGGAGAAAUAACCUGAGGCUAAAUGCAACCCCUUGACCACUUUCACUGUGUUUAACCCAAUUCAUACAAGUAAUACAUGGACAGGGCUAUUGUGAAGCACAGAGAGGCAAACCAUCCAUGUUUUGCACUCUUUAAUAUUUUUUUCAGUGUAAACCUUUUCAAAUUCAUAAUCAGAUUGUUUGCUGGAAGUUGAUGUUCACCUGGACAAGGACUCUUGUUUCGUAAUGCCCAUAGACAAUGUAAAGGAUGCCAGUUUGCUUCCCACCCCUCCAAACCUUAAAUGUGUUUCAUAUGGAAAUUUAGGCCUUAGGUCAACUUUCCCAACUGUAUGCCUUCGAAAUGUGUUGUACUACAACUCCCAUCACUCAACAAAUAGGUCUGGUGGGGCAUGUUGCUGUGAUGAGUGCUGCAGUCCAGAGCAUUUGGUAGGCUGCCACUUUGGGGAUGGCUCCCAAACUUUUUCUUGACAUGCUGAAAUGCUGUAUUGUUCUGAGAAUACUUGUCUGAACUGGCUACAUGUAAAUGUAGUAUUAAUAUGACUAACCCCAUUGAUUUUGACAGACCUGCUGUUGCACUAGAAACUCACGCAUCUGCAGAGCCUGAUUGGUUGCUAAAGUCCCACAGUGUCUGUUAUUUUAGGGCUGUUUAGGUUUUUGCAGCAUUGCCAAACUCCUUUUUAGAAUAAAGUACAGUUAAUUUUAAAAUUAAUUAAAGGUGUGGUGGUGCUGUAUAUUUAAAGUCAGGGCCAUUUUGAAGCUAUUAUAAAACUGCAAGAGGCAUCUUUAAUUUCUAUUGACUACAACCUUGAGGAUCUUGUCACUGUAAAAUACACCCAAAGGCAGAUCCCACCCUUCUUAUUUGCCCCUAACCAUUUCAUGUGUUUGUGACCCCUUUGGAUUUCUACAGUUGACAACUCUCGUUUUUCUGAUCAGCAUGAAGACUUGUUUACAGUGUGAGAAGUUAGACUACCCACUUUGAUAAGCUUGAUUCAGAUUGAACAAUACAGAAAUGCUCAUGUGAGAUGAGGCUACAAUGCUCAGUGCCUUUCAACAUAGAACCCUUGAAACACCAAAGCAUUCCAAACCACUAGGCAUCUAGGAAGCGUUCUGCUCUGGAAAGGAAAUGUAGAGCAGAAGCUCAAAGACAACAAUGUACUUGAAAUGCUUGAAGCUUGUUGACUUCCCCAAGAAUUCAUUGACAUUGUCUGGCUUUACUGACAAGCCCAGAGCAAUCAUGAGGCCAUACUGACUGCAUUGGUAUGUACAGCACUAGAAGUCAUAGGUACAACUUGCUAUUAACAUUUUUGCAGUUCAGGUUGAAAUGCACUGAAGAAACUGAUGCUCUUGUAUUUCAGUUGACCCUUCAAGAGCAGCAGUGGUUCAAUUUUCCUGUUGAUUGUCCCCAACACCUAUGAGGCUGCUGCAGACUGGUUCUGCAGAAAAUAAGCUUAGAAGCAACCUUUCUGCUCCAGAAAAAAACAAUCCCUAUAUAAUUUAGGUGCCAUUUACUAGCAUUCAGUAAGUAGGUGCAUGCCCCUGUGCACUGCUGAGUGCAUGGACCUAUGGUUAUCUAAAUACUCAAAAGAUAGUCAGCAAGUUCAGGUCUGAAAAUGCUGGUUGCCUCUGCGUAUUUGGUGAUGGGACGGAGGGACUGAAUUCAGGAUGUUCCUUCUCCUGAAAUGGCAAAAUCCUGGAUUCCCUCCCACUCCACACAAGAGAUUUAGCACUCUCAAAAUUGAUGGAGCUGGCCAUCUGUUUGGCUUUGCAAGCAAACAUCCUAAUCCAUUGUUAGGGACUUUGUUGAGUGUCAGAUGCCAACAUGUUGGACUGUGUGCUCAGCUCUCCUUUUCCAGGUGUGCAAACUUGCUUUCUGUUGCCUGUGCUGGGUUGGGGUGUAUGCCUAAAUUCUUGGCAUCAGAUUUUUUUUCUUUAAAAAAUCAGGUUAUAUGUGGUCUUUGUCAGAAUGCUACCAAACACUGUCUUUUUAUGGACAAAUAGCUGGCCUAAAAUCAACUUGUGACAAGUGUGAUCAUUAACCACUAUGGAAUCUCCUUCCAUCCAAUAGCAAAUGUGUGCAUUUUGUGUGAGUGUGUCUGGGUGUGUGUAGUGUGUGUGCACAUAACUGAAAUGUAUAUAUUCAUGCUGUGCAAGGUGACAAACAUUGUUCUAUAUACUUGUUUAAUAUCCCUUUUUAAAAAUUAGAAAUUAAAAAAAAAUAAUUUAAACUAGGUAUUUUUCAGUAUUCUUUGUUAAUAUUUAAUUUUACUAUUUAUAAACUGAACCUCUUUUUUGUAUUGUUAUGUAUAAAUUUUAACUUCUGUUCCAUCCAAUCUCUCCCAAAUUGUUGGCAGAGUCAGUAGCAUGAUCAGUUAUUUAAUUAAUAUCUCUAACACCCACCCCUACACAUUCCUUUUGAGGCAAGGGUUAUACAUCUACAUAUUAUAUAUAUAUUUGGUUAUAUGUAUGUGUGUGUAUAUAUAUAUAUAUGCUUAUGUAUAUGUGUGAUUCGGAUUAAAUAGACAUUACGAUUUUUAUAUAUGUAAACCUCCCCCCCCACCCCAGAAAUAUAGAAAAUUUUACUAUCAUUUUAUUUAUUGGUGCUACUGUUUAUCUGUAAUGUGGCAAGAAAAGAAUUCACUAGCCACACUGGCUAAUCAAGAUUCCAUAUGAAAUAUUUAUUUUUAGACAAAAAUAACAAAUAUAUCUUUAAAAAACCACCAUCUAUUGCUUUUUUGUAAUAAAGAAUUUAAUUCUCA